CCAUUGUUGUCACCAGGCAACCACUGCAGCCUUCAUCCAAUCAGAACCUUCGCCCCACCCCUCGCCCUCCCAUGGGUGCCAGGCACAGCAGCCAUUCCAAAAAGAUGACGAGCAGCGCCGCCAUCCCUGUGCCCCACCAUCACCCUCAACACCCUCCUCCCCCACGCCCCAAAAAACCUGACAUCGACGCCCACCGGUGCCACAUCGCUCUUGAUGAYGAGACUAUCGCCAAGGCUCUGUCCCGUGCCAAGCUUCCCCCGUGCCAGGCACCGGCCAUACCCGCUCCCUCCAUAGUGGGAAAUGGUGCUGGUAGCCCCCCCAGCCCUCCGGGUAAGACCCCCAGGCGAGAGGGACAAGAGGGGAGGCUGAGCGACAUGUCCAUCUCCACCUCUUCCUCAGAUUCUCUGGACUACUCCCACCCUCCCCUCUCCCUCCCCGCCAGCCCCCCUCUYAGAUUACGGCAUCMCCUUGGCAACAAYRAGGACAGCAGCGASGACGAAGACCUCUGUGACGAAGAAGARGAAGACUACGGCGUCAGCCUGGAGAACGACCUGGACCAGGKCCUYCGUCCUCCCUUCAAAGCCCRCCGGAGAGGGGUCGGAGUCGGGGUCAAAGUUGCGCUGAGCUUCCGAAAAGUUUCUGGAGUCUUCAGCACGUUCAUGACCCCAGAAAGGCGAGCCGUGAGGAGGAUAGCAGAGCUCUCCAGGGACAAGAGUUCCUACUUUGGAUGCCUGGUUCAGGAUUAUAUCAGUUUUGUACAGGAGAAUAAGGGGUGUCAUAYGUCAGGCUUAGACCUCCUGCAGACCCUCAGACAGUUCAUGACCCAGAUGAAGGCCUACCUGACGCAGAGCUCCGAACUGGACCCGCCCAUCGAAUCACUCAUACCCGAGGAUCAGAUAGACAAUGUCCUGGAGAAGGCCAUGCACAAAUGUGUGUUGAAGCCGCUGAAGGGCGUAGUGGAGGUGGCCCUGCACGACUUCCAGGUGAGCAGUGGAGGCUGGCAGCAGCUGAGGGAGAACCUGGCCCUGGCUAAGACCCGGAGGCCCCAGGACCUGGGUGUGGACGGGGCCGUGCCCCCUGACCCCAUGGCCAUCGAGAAGAUCCGCCACAAGUUCCACAACAUGAGGAAGAUGUACUCCCCGGAUAAGAAGGUGUCGCUGCUGCUCCGAGUGUGUAAACUCAUCUACACCAUCAUGCAGGAUAACUCAGGGAGGAUGUACGGAGCAGAUGACUUCCUACCGAUGCUGACCUAUGUCCUGGCCCAGUGUGACAUGCCUCAGCUGGACACUGAGAUCCUCUACAUGAUGGAGCUGCUGGACCCCUCACUGCUGCAUGGAGAGGGUGGCUACUACCUGACCAGUGCGUACGGGGCCAUGGCUUCUCAUCAAGAACUUCGAGAACAGGCAGCCAGGGUCCUCAGCUCCGAGGCCAGAGACACCCUGCACCAGUGGCACCGCCGACGCACCGCCCAGCGCACGGCACCCUCCGUGGACGACUUCCAGAACUACCUGCGUGUCGCCUUACAAGAAGUCAACAGCGGCUGCACAGCCAAAACCCUCCUAGUCCACCCGUACUCCACCACCGAAGAAGUAUGCUCGCUCUGCGCCUACAAGUUCAAAGUUCAUGACUCCGAGAACCACGCCCUCUUUCUCAUCACUGAGGCAACCAGUCAGCAGCUUGCCCCGGACACACACCCCCAGCGAAUCAAAGCAGAGAUACACAGCCACCCAAACGCGCAACCCUUCCAUUUUGUCUACCGCAGAGUGCCCAGCCUUAAAAUGUGUAUACCAGCUAUCCCAGCUAACCAGCACAAUGGCAACUGCCUACUGCCUAGCCAAUUGGAUGAAUUAAACUUAAUUGAAAUUAAAUUAAACGUUAUUGAUCCCUAGAGGGGACAUUGGAUUUUUCACUAGUGUACAAACACAUACAGGGACAAUUCAGACUCAUACAUCAGAACACAUAGACCUGAGAGAACACUGAUGGAUGGUGGAACAAGUACAAUACCUGACUGCUGAGACUGAGGCAGUCCUAAUAUGGACACCACACGGUUAGGAUGAAAUGACACUGAAUGGUGAUACUGAGGAUGUCCUAAUAUGGACACCGCACACGUGUAUCCAUAGAAUGGUAGUGAAUGGCGGUAAUUGAAAAAAUGCAAUGUAUAUUUCAACUAUACGAUCAGAGAAUGUUGCUGUGUGUUGUGAAGGGAUCCUAGACUACUCAAUGGAAAAAGUAGUUCCUAUUCUUCUAAAAGUAGACAGAAAGAGGAAGCAGGUGUGGAGAGAAGUGUCUGGUGUCUGCAUUGCAUUUCACUCUCUUUUUAGRGAUACGGCACGUGAGCAUCAGGAGUUGGUUGGUCAAGUCCAGUGUCGGGUCAGCUUGGACUUUGUGUUUCCUAAAGAAGGAGCACAAAAUGGCCGCCGCAGAGCCCUCCAUACUCUGAUACGUGUGCUCUGAGAACUGACUGAAGUUUCUAGUAGUAUGACUGGGGCCUGAAGUAUACUUUUUAAGAAACACCCUUGUCCAGACUCUUUUGUGAGGUCAUCGGACCAGGAAGUUCUCUUACAUCACAUCCUCACUGUCUGUUUUCGUUACAAGGACAAAUGUACAUGCAUGCUCCUCUUGCAGAAGUCAGUGUAUCUGACUGUGUCUUCUUCUAACACUGGGACCUGGUUAGAGAACGCAGAACUUCUGCUCCUUUCCGGUGCUUGACUUGGGCAGGAGCUCAUCGGAGCUGAGUACCGGCACCUCAAAUGUUCUGCUGCUUGAGCUCCUGUUCCUCUUAUAGAAUAUUAGCUCAAAGGUAUUGUGGAGCCCCUGCACCUGAAUUUAAACAGUACCGGCACCCAGAAUCAAAUCCAGAGCUACUGCUUUCUAUCUAUGUCAACACAUAGAAUGGGAUGUCUUUUACAUUACUUCAGUUGUCUUUUACAUUACUUCUGGGGCUCGAUUCAAUCCGUAUCGCUGAAAUUCAGCGCUAUAGCGGAAGGUUGACAUUUAUUGUCAUGGGUCUUGCCCUGGGGGCAGCAGUGAGCGAUUUCCGCUAGAUGGGCCAGCUGCAAAGCCAAAAUUGUCUAUUUCAUAAAAAUUCAUGAAGACGAAAUGUAGCUUUUUGGUCUUAAUUUAAGGUUAGGGUUAGGCAUUUGGGUUAGCAGUGUGUUUAAAGUUAGAGUUAAG